AUGCCAGCAUACGAGGCAACAACAGCCAUGACUAAAGAGGCAGUGCAGGAAACAGCGGAGGAUCAACAAUGCGCUGAAGAGCAAGAAUUCCACCAAUGCUCCAUCAGCGGCAAUGGCCAAUUUCUGCCAUUGAGGUCGAGAGCAGGGGGUCGUGCUGUGUCUUGCUGUGGACCACGUGGUCCCAUCAUGAGCAAAAUAAAAAGAAUAGGAGAGGAGGCGCCAUGCACGGCUGGCUCAGCGGUGACCAUGGCCAAGAAUUGCCAUGGUUGUCAAGAGCAGCUCGAGUCGAGUCAAGUUCCUCCUCUUCUCCUGCCGUUUUGA